ACGCAUCACGGGAGAAGGCGACGGGGAAUGCGGAAGUGACGUUAAAAAAAUUUGCCUCGCGCGAUCGACGGGUUUAGACAACAAAACUUGUCCCCCUCUCCGUCUCUGCGUGCGGUAGAUCUCCCGUCCAGCGACGCGGUAACUCGGCGGGGGGCCGCAGCGGUAUGGCGGCCGUCCUGUAGAGACACCCGAGCCGGGCCGGGCUUCGCGAGCCUCUCCACGGAGAGCUAUUUUCGGCAGGCGGGUUGAAGCUGCUCCUCCUACGUCACAGACCCAACUUGUCCGUUUUCCAUCCAGUCGAUGGCCUGCACUUUAGAGAAGGUGCUGAGCGAUGCGCGGACCCUUCUGGAGAGGCUGAAGGAGCACGACACGGCCGCCGAGGGCCUGAUCGACCAAACCGGGGCGCUGGGGCUGAGGGUGCAGAACAUGAAGGAGGUGGGCAACGCGCUCCCAGACAAGCACACGGAGGACAGCUCGGAGAUCCAAGAGCUCACCAAAUACAAGCCCCAUGUGCUUCUGACUCAGGAAAACACUCAAAUCAAGGAGCUGCAACAGGAGAACAAAGAACUGUGGCUGUCCCUCGAGGAACACCAGUACGCCCUGGAGCUCAUCAUGGGCCGCUAUCGCAAGCAGAUGCUCCAGCUGAUGAUGGCGAAAAAGGAGCUGGACACCAAACCGGUGCUCAGCCUCCAUCAGGACCACGCCAAAGAAGUGCAGAGCCAGGUGGAGCGGAUAUGCGAGAUGGGCCAGGUGAUGAGGAGAGCCGUGCAGGUGGACGAUCAGCACUACUGCUCCGUUCGCGAGAGGCUCGCUCAGCUGGAGAUCGAGAACAAGGAGCUUCGGGACCUCCUGGCCAUCAGCAAGGGGUCGGUGAAGACGGCGAGGGACGAGGCCAGCCAGCCGUCGCCCCCGGCCGCAGAGUGGGAGCACUCCCCGCAGGCGGCGUCCGAUGAAUGAUGGGCGCGGCGUGAGCCUGGACUGGGGUCGGGCGGGGGAAGGGAAAGAAAGCUGGCAUCUGGGAUGUGAAUUUUUCUGGUGGAGGUCACUUGAACACAGCGUUUUAGCUCUCAUAAAGGUUUUACCUCUGUGCGCGCACACGAUGCUUUUGAGCGCUCUCGUAAGGAGCUCUUUGUACAGUAAUUGUAUAAUCACUGCUGUCAUGGUGGAGUGGGUUCAGCCUGACCUGUGACGCUGACAGAGGUGUUUAAUUUGUCGCUAAGAUACACAUUAGGGGAGUUAUUAUUUUUUUGGUCAAAAGACACAGUUAAUUUUUAGAGAGACAGUUUCUACCUCUAUUUUAUUUUUUGCUAUAUUCACAUUCUCACCCGCUCAAAACGAGUAAGGACUGCGUGCUCGCUGCCGACAAAAUGACUCGUGGCUGUUUCACACAGAUUGACGUUAUAAUGAAUUUAUACAUUCAAUAGGUAUAAAUAUCUUUUCUUGUUUAAGGACUAUUAGCUUUUUUUUUUUAGACGGGGAAGCAGAGUAAAUGUACCAGCUCAUGGCAUGUCUUUGUAUAAAGUAAAAAAAAAAAAAGUGUAAUUGAAACAUUGUAAGAAAUUGUCAUCUCAGGAAACCAGUUUUGGGACAUGUUAUGAAUAUAAUAUGCAGUGUGUCAAAUAAAAUUUAUCCUGUACA